AUGGCUCUCAAGUUUGCCGAGAUUGCACUGCUGAUGUGGCAGGUGGCUUUGGCAGCAGGGGUCUCGAUCGAUCUGCAUGGCAGGCGGGAUGGCCGAGAUGUGAAGAUAGAGGACCUGAAGUUCGAAGGCAUGGACGCUUGGACGAACGUCUUCAAGAGCGUGGGUCGCGGAGAGCAAGCGGAUCCCAGUUCCUUGAUGAAGCUCGCGGGCAUCGAGAAUGCAACGGAGCCGGAGCAGUUGGAUCCGCAGCUGAAGGCGGAACUGGGCCAGCAGAGCGUUCAAGACCGUGCCCUCCAGUAUUCGCAACCUCACCAGCAAGCCCGAGAUGCUUGUGAAGGUGCUGGAGGAGAAUCCCCUGGUGCAACAGCUGGCACACGCCAGCCCCAUGAUGCAGGAGAUCAUCCACAGCCCGGAAGCCCUGCAGAUGCUCUUCAGCAAUCAGACCUUGGAGAAGCUGCGGGCCGGGGAAAGCAUCGCAGUGUGAGACGUUGA